AUGGAUUUCCAAGUCCAAGUGGGGAUGCGGCAGAAAGUCAAAGUAUUCGAAGAGCAACUAGAUGUGUCCAAGCAAGCCAGUGGCGUACUGUCCCUCUUUCCAUCCGAUGAAAAUGAGAUGGAGGCCCCCAAAAUUAUCACGCUACGAAUCAAUUGCUCCUUAGUACUUCGCUGGAAUCUUGCUGUCAAUGGGUAUUGCCCGUUCAUAUCAUUGGUGAGCAUCUUCUGGUGGACCGCCAUGCAGCUGUCAAGAUCUAUCCCAGAUAAUAGAAGCAUAUCAAUAGGUGCUGUGUCACCGGCCAACACAGCGAUGUGA